AUGCCAACUAAGACACAUAUUUCGGCUUCCACGGCGUUGGCCGUAUCUGCUCCUGCAGUCGUCAGACCGACAAUUGUUCCAGCAACGGCGACUUCAACAAGCGCAACAAGUAUAAAUCCAUCGAAGACGAUCAAUAACGGUCAGCCUGUCCAAACAGCGGGGAAUGACGACCCUCCGGGCAGCGCAGAUCCGCCAGUUGGCUUCACCAUCGACGGGACGACUUUGACGCCCAACUCAGAGUCCGGCUUGGUCUUCGCAACACAGACAUUGAGACCAGGGAGCCAAAUCACAUAUUCAGGAACCGUUCUGUCAAUGGCAGCCGACGGAUCAUCUCUCAUCUUCGGCGGAACAAGUACCCAAGUUCUCGCCCAGUCCACAGCUCCUGCUGGAUAUAUCGUGGGCUCGCAAGUCCUGGUAGCAGGUGCUCCCGCCAUCACCGUAUCAGGAACACUCGUAAGUUUAGAGCAAGGAGGCUCAAGUGUUGUGAUAGGAGGCACGAAAACAGAGGCAUUGAGUGACUUCCUCGGCUCAGACCCAACUGUUGCGGCAGAGUAUCGGAUUGGAGAUCAGAUUUUGCAGGCUGGUGGACCGGCUAUCACGAUCUUGGGCACGAGAGUGAGUCUUGAUGCUGAUGGUUCAACUGUUGUGGUGGGAACGGAGACUGAGGCUUUGAGUGAGUUUACCGGGUCGAGUGGGUGUGGAAUUGGUGGGGCUAUCUUGUCUGUUGGCGGGUUUGGGUCUGGAGAUCCGGAGGCGGCGAUUUCGUCGAGUGCUCAGUAUAGCGGGCAAGGUGGAUUCAAUGGAACUGCAUUUACUGGCGCCGCUGUCAGACGAAAUUGGGGGUUUGGGACAUCUGGUGUGGCAUUGGUGGUGAUAGCGUUCGUGGGUUGGUGGUUAUAA